ACACCGGGAUGGGCGUCCCUGGAGCCCACGUGGCCCUCAGCCUGCAUCGCAUGGAUCCCUCCACUUCACUCUGGAACCUUCUCACCACAGGGUAACCUCAACACAAGGACUACGAAUGAUGAUGGGCGCUGCCCAGGACUCAUCACCAGAGAAAAUAUCACUCCAGCCGUGUACAAGAUGCGCUUUGAGACGGGCCAAUACUGGGGGAGUCUGGGAGAGACCUCUUUCUACCCAUACGUGGAGAUAGUCUUCACCAUAACGGACCACAAUCAGAAGUUCCAUGUUCCUCUGCUCUGCAGCCGCUUCUCCUACACUACCUACCGGGGAAGCUAGAGAGUCUGUCACUCACCAUCUCUCACCUGGGCCACGUUCAGUUGCCAAACGUUGUCUAAUCCCGGGUAACCCAGAACUGAUGUCUUGCGUAAUUGUCAGAUGCUUGAUUAAGUUCCGGGUCCAUGUGUGUAAAAGGAAGAGAUCGGAACCGGAACAAAGAGCUCUACCCUUCUCGCUUUGCAAGUCUGUGGUUCAAAUGUCUCCUUCCAAAAUUCGAUUUGUGAUUAAUUCAAAGCACCGGAACUAAUGCUGCUCAUUAUCUCACGCACCCCGUUGUAAUCAUGCCAGAUCUACGGAACCAUUUAUGUUUACGUAGUCUGUCCACGAGAGAUUAAACAUUGUCGAACGUUGCAGAUAGAAAUGCCAUGACCAGUUGACAUGAUUCCUUGUUCUACAUGUCAGAUAGAAAUAUGUUAUGAAGAAUACACAUCUGAACGUUCCAAAACGUUGUGUCCUGAUGAAUGCUCCCCGCACCUGUCACCUGGGCCUAUUCUGGUGGUUGAAAGUCAUCCUUCAGUUACAAUGGGUAGAAAUGUACCUAAGAAAGCACUCUCUUCUGUAAUACUAGUUAUACUAUUAUAGUUAUUGAGUACAGAACACAAGAACUCUAUCCUUUCUAUGUGGUACCUAGAAAGGACAGAGAGUAGACAUUCUCUGAGAUCCCAGUCAUUUGUUUCACCGGCCUUUAGAUGACGGCAAACACUUUUAAAAAAGUUUGAUCUGAUUAUUAACAAAAUGUAUAAGCUUUAUUGGACA